GCAAAAUGUUUCAGAAAGUAAUUUCACAAUACUAGGGGGUGAGCACUGCAGAUGCUUACCACAAUCCUGAAACUGCAGCGUAAGAAUAACAGCCUGGCUUUGUAACAGGCCCCCUUGACAGAAGCACUGGGUUUUUCGUCCACAGUGGGCAGCAUGCUGGCAAGCUUGUAUGGCUGUUGGUGGCUGGCUUUUUAGCUGCACUGGCUGAGCAGUUGGGGUUCAUAAAGAACAACUAAGACAACUUAAACGUACUGCUUUUUAACCGAGGGUGCAAUAAUACAGAGAUAUGUAGCAUUUUAAGCUUAAAAUGUCAAUCCUUGAUGCCUAAAAUUAAGUACUUAAAUAGGUGGCCUUACUUUCAGAGGCGCUUGGCACCAGCGGUUCCCAGGGAGUUUUGCAGGGGGCUGGUGAGCAUUCAGGGCUACAAGAAUCAGGAAGCCCACUUAGAUACCAAAAUACAGGCCUAGGAGCCUAACAAAAAUAUUGGAUUUACUGUUCUAAAAUAUUUCCCUUUCUGAAUGUCCAAAAUAGUUUAAAAUAUGAGGACACUUAUAAAGCAAAACAUAUUUUUAAGUACUGCACCUGCUGUCUGGUUUUUAUUAAAGCCUUCCAAAGAAGGCAGAAGCUAGCUAAACCCUUAUAAUAUUUGAGACCUCUAGUCUAGAUGCUGUUUGCAGUAAAUAGAAUUCUCCGUUUCAAGGAGUUGCCUGAAGAAGGGAAGAUCUGUUAGGGCAACAAAAUAUUUUGUAAGGGCUUCAGACCUUGCUGCCCCUUCCCACCUCUCAGGGGGCUGCAGCUCCCCCAGCGCUGAGUAGAAAGUGGGGGAGCUGCCAUUUCAGUGCAAGGAAUUAAUUGCUUCAGGAAGUCCCCCACCUCCAUGUUCCCAACAUUCUGCAGGGGCAUUUGCUUCAACUCUCUAUGACUACGUGGCGAGGACAGGGUGCACAGUGGUGACGAAGAUGUGCUGGCCCCUGGCCUUGCUGCCCUCCAGGUGUCACUGUCAGCAAAAGCUGCCCUAGCCCUUCCCCAGCGGGUCUUGCUGGCCAGUGGGUCCCAGGCUGCUCCUCCAGCCCCUCUCCUGGGCACUCAUGCUGCCCCAGGAUUUAGCUCCCCAGGAGCCCUGGCACAGCUCUGGUGACUCCUGCAUGGGCCCCAGCCUGAGGAGUACCCAGAAAGGGCAGAGGAGCCAGGCUCUCCCCAUCUCCCUCCUCUUUUUCUUGCCAUUUUUGGUCUCAGUGAACUAGGUGCCAUGGCACAGCAUCUGCCCUCUUGCACAAGCCCCUUCCAGGGAAGUGGCAGCCUCCCACAGACCCCUUUUUCCCUGCAAGGAAGAGAUGAAACUUUGAUUGAAGAAGGUGCUGUAAGGAAGAUGCCUUUAUGAGAAAGAGAGCCCUCCUUGUUUCUCCAGGGAGCUGCAAUUACCCUCUGGAAGCAGGACAAGAUGCCAGUUUUGGAUCUCAGAUAAAACCUCUUUCCUCCAGACGAGUCAGUAGUGCUACCGCCCAUUUUGAUUUCUGUGUUGAACCACCUGUAUGGUCCAGUGUCCUUUGAAAACUGCCUGAGAAGGACAUCACUGAUGUGAAAGGAAGACAAGAUUCUACAUUUUGGCAUCUAGAAGUGCUCAUUGUUUCGACGGGGGCCAUUCUGCCAGCAGCCUGGACCACCCCAUCAACCCCCUCAGGAAGAUGAUGGACUCUCAUUCUCCUGGAGCAAGUGCUGCCUGCGUUUGCUGGUGAAGGGGUGACCAAGAAGAAAAUGGCCAAGGGAAGCACUGCUGCUGACCUGGGCCGAUCUUGCCCUUUUAACAAUGAGCAGCCAUCUGCAAUUACCCUGUUCAACCUGUGAUUGGUGGCAUCUAGGGGAGCAGUCACUACUUAAAAGAACCACAUGCAUCUGAUGUCAAGUUUCCCACCUACAGCAUGAGGGAAAAGCACUCUGUGGACUGAUGCAGAGGUCCUUCAUGCCAGUCCGUAGCUAUGAGCUCAGUCAGCUCUGACCCGAGGCCAUCUCUGUCUCCCAUGUUUCUUCCUCUUUGCCACCAGACAUCCUCUUUGAGCACCUCCCAUGCAUGCAUGAGGCAGAGUGUUGCAGAGAUACUGGUCGUUCCCUGUGUGCCAGUGCUGCUUUAGCUGAAAUAAGUCACGGGCAGGCUCUUGAGGAUUGCAGGGGCAUGGGACAGAGGCUCUUUCCCCUAGCUGACACCCAUUGCUAACAGUUUUCUUCAUAAUUUCCUAUCAGUCUUUCAGGAUGUGGCCAAUCUGUCCUGUUGACCUCAGUUGCUGGUCUCUUGCUUUGAUGAAGGAAGGGUAUAACAAAUAACUCUUGUUCCCCAAGUACCUGCUGAGUUUAUUUUAUACUGAGACAUGUUUCUGUCUCACCUUGGUCUGAAUCCUGCUUAUGGUGAGGAGAGGACUCAGCCGAAUCCUUCUGUGUUUAUCUUCUGCAAAAAUCAAAAUGGAUGGAAGGGUUUCAGAGCUAUCUGCACCCACAGCAUUGGAUGGAGUAUUAUUGAAGCUUACAUAGUAGAUUGAAACCUCACCUGUGUGCCAUAAAGUCUGCUUAGUCCAGCAAAGUCCCUUUGCUUUGAUGAUAAGUGCCUACAGUCACUCUGGAUGGAUGGAUACUUAGCCUGCAAGAAAAAGAAGUUUUGAGUGUAAAUGCUGUUGCUGCAUUUCACCACCCGUAGAGAAUGUGUGGUGGUUUAACCCCAGCCACGCAGCCGCCCGCUCACUCCCCCCUCAUCAAGAGGGAUGGGGAGGAGAAUCAGAAAGGAGUGUAAAACUGGAGGAUUCAGACAAGAACAAUUUAAUAGGUAAAGCAAAAGCCACGCAUGCAAGCAAAGCAAAACAAGGAAUUCCUUCACCACUCCCCACGGGCAGGCAGGUGUUCAGCCAUCCCCAGGACAGCAGGGCUCCAUCACGCAUAAUGGUUACUUGGGAAGACAAACGCCAUAAUGCCAAAUGUGUCCCGCCCUUCCUUCUUCUUCCCCUAGUCUAUAUACUUAGCAUGGCGUCCCAUGGUAUGGAAUACACCUGCCCUGGCUGUGUCCCCUCCCAAUGUCCCGUGCCCCUCCAGCCCCCUCACUGGCAGGGCCCAAGGAACCGAAAAGUCCUUGAUUCAGUAUAAACAUCACCCAACAACAACCAAAAACAUCAGUGUCCUAUCAACCUUGUUCUUAUACCAAAUCCAAAACAGCACUGCACCAGCUAUUAAGAAGAAAAUUAACUCUAUCCCAGCUGAAACUAGGACGGUAUGGCGCUUGAGCCUUUCCAGGGUUGUUGUGCAUUUUAAUUCUUUUUACAGCAGGAAAAUACUCCUAUGUUAGACAUGUUAAUCAUGAUUUCUUGAGGUAAUUAAAAUCUUCCUGAAGUUAGAGACAUUUCUUCUCAUGAAAAUGGAAAAAGUGAUUGAGAUAAAGCUGUCCUUGGAGACAGAUCUGAAAGGCAGCUCCUCUUCAUGACAUCUCCUCUCAUGCGGGGGCUGGAGGAGGCAAAGCAGAAUUUUUAAGACUAAUGUUGUAUUUCUGUGUCGAAUACACCAGCCCAUAGUGUUACGCUGCAGCAUUUCCCACCUUUGCACUGAUAGGUUACCCAAGUCACCUCUGUCCAUUCAGGGGAAAAGUUGGAUUUGAAGAUGUGCAUAAAAUAGAGAGUAAAGGUCUUCACAGCAGGAUAUACAUCUGUCUUAGACUUUCAUUUCACAUAUUUUUUCAUAGUGCAAGAUUAAUUAGACAGAAACAAAAAGAAACAUUAAAAUGCCUAUAGUUCACAUGUAUUACAUGUUUUAAAAUCCAUUAUUCUACAUACCGCAUUGAAGGAUAAAAAGAAAAUAUUGUUGUCAAUUAUAAAAUGCUAAAGAUAGCUCUAUACUUUUUAAAUGAACAAUGAUAAAAGCCUUGAAAAAUUCCCUUUGAUGUGAAUGGAGUCUUCAGCAUUUUGAAAUACAAUAAGAUGAAUUAAUUGCUACUCAUUAGGCAGCAAGUUGGGACAGCUUUGAAUGCGCAUUCUCUUCUUGGCAUUAGCUAUUGCCUGGCUGAAAUAGCCAGCUUUUGUAUUUACUCCUGUCUUCUCUAAUAAUAAGCAAAUUGGAGAUCAGGGCUAGAAACACUGAAGUGCUCUCUAUCUUUUGUCCAGAACAAUUGUAUAUUGUCAUGAUUUGUUUAUCUUUUUUGAGCUACAGCUAAUUAUUGCAAAGGUUAUUUGAAUCAAUGCAAGAUCUGAGCAGAAAUAACAUCUGCAAAAUUGCUUAUUAGGAAUCUAUUUUAUGUUAGUGUUACUGUAAUACCCAUUUUGUGAGCAAAUUGUUGUUUCUUCUCAUGUCUUUUUUUUUUCCCUUACAAGAAAAGUUUUGUAUUUUAAAUAUUGGUACGGGUUUUAAGUCUUCUUGAGUUAAUACUGUGUUCUGUUGUGCUUACUUUUCCUCAUACUGUCUUGAUUUUUUUCCCAGAGUCAUAGAUAACAUGGUAUUCAAAGCCCCAUUUAUCAUUCUACAUUCUAGGCUAACAGUUUUUAUUUUUUGCUGUAGAACUCGUUUGAACUGAUUGAUUGAAUUAUUCUUCUGUUUAUGUUGGAUUAAAAGAAAGUCAAGCACAUAUCCUUCUGUGCUUGUCAUGUAGAACUCUUGUUUCAUGUGGGGCUUUUAUGGAUAUUAAGAUUCAUAAUUGGAUGAUACUGGGGAAUUGUUAUUAUCUAAUUUAACUAUGUAUUUUGCAUUCCAAAAAUAAUGGGUGAAAAGUAAACCUCAAGGGCCUGAUUCAUUAAAAGUUACGUAGUCUCCUUGGAUUAGAUUCUUAGCACUUACACCUUCCAAAACCAAAGUGUUAGCAACUGCAGCCAGAAGCAGUCAGCUAAAACAGGAGGCAGAUCCUGAUCUCCAUUACAGUGACGAUAUUUUAGGGGUUUAGUGGAACUAGACCAGAUUUUCACUGUACUGUAAAUUCACGUUGGUAACAGUCGCUACUAAUUACGUACCACAGCAGAGAGGACUUUUAUAUGGGGAGGGGAAGGCAGCGAUCUAAGAGUGCAGUCUGUUACUUAGUACAGUGUCAUUCCUGGGCAACAGCAGUCCCAUCAGAGCUCAUAAAUUAAGUAGGGUCAAGCCAGGUCAGGGCCAGCUGGGACUAUCCAAGGAAUACCUUAAGCUCUGGCAGGAUUUAAUGAUUCGGUAGGAGAUACUGUCCCUCCAAGCCUCUGCUGAACCUCAGCAUGGGACUCUGCAGCACGCUGGCCCAAACUUUUAUUUUACAUACGUCAGUGUAAACCUCAUUGACCCGAAAGGAUUUAUUCCGGCUUUACACAGCAGCACAAGUGAGAGCAAAAGCAAAGCCCUUCUGUCUCAGACAAGAUAGGAAAUCAAAGUCUUAACUAUUUGAGGUCAUUAAAAAUCCCACAAUGUUCCUGUUUAGAGUAGGGGUGUUAACCCAUUUGUCCUGGCCAAAUUCCAACCUGGGUGAUUACCGUAAUCUGCCUGUUUAAAUUACCCCUGCCGUUUUAAUUGGAUAUAUUACUUCUCUUGCUGCCUAAACUGUGAUGUAAUACUAUUGUGUGUUAUUAAUCAGUUACCAAGUUUCAUCCCAGAAGCAACCACAGUGCAAUGAUAGGAAGAAAGAGUUAUUCCCUCCUUGUUACGAGUGCUCUCCAUUACGGCAUAAACCCCCCCUAACAUAUACUUGUUUGUUUAAGUGGCAGACAAGCUAAUAUUUCAGUUUAAAUAAACAGCUUUAAAAUGUGGAUUUCCUAUUUGUUUUUGAAGAUUAUGAAGUGUGCCUGAUUAUACAAGCAUAGGCCACCACAUUGCAGCUCUCCAAAACAUUCCUGGAGCUGAAGGUACCCUUUUGCCAAUGGAAGUCAGAUUCACUUAUGUAUUUUUAUUUGACUUUGGGUUUGAUUUCUUUGAUGUUUGAAUGUGAAGUAACAGUUACUUUGAGAAAAACUGAUCCUCCAACUAUGCAGGGGUUCCUAAGCCUACAAAAGGUGAAACUUCCCAUUGAUGUGUGUUGGCUUGAGUCUGCUGAUUUCCAGUGGAGCUGACAGAUCUGUCACCAUUGGGAAACUUUGUAGGAGUCAUUGAAACUCCUCAAGACUAGCCCUGUUGCAAGGGCUGUAUUUCUGGCUGUCAUGCUAAACAUUUUUGCUUUCUCUCCAUCCUCCUGAAAAUAUAAUCGGUCAAAGAGGAUGAGAUGAAUUGCCACCACAAAAUGCGGAACAUUCUAGGGUGAAAAGCAGCAACUGACAAGAAGGAGGGCACAUCUUUUGUUUCACAAUGUGAGAAGAGAUGUUUUCUCCCUCCAAAAAUUACUGUUGCUGUUCCUAAUAUUCAGGAUCAUCAGGCUCACUGCUAAUGGCAGCUAAGAGCUCCACAGGACAGUCUAAGUGUCCUUCCUUUUGUGAACAGAAGGUCUUAAAUGAAGUGUAAAUCUUUGAAAAUUUUUCUUGGUUCAUCUAUUAUGGUGGGAUUUACCUGCCCUAGCUGGUGCCAUGUAGAAGCUGGGUGUCCAGGCUCCUUCCUCUUCUAGUCCUUGGACAGCAAUAAUUACAGAAAGUAAUGCACUCCUGAUGGUUUCAAUGCCUGGUGAGGAUGAAAUACAUUGUCCCCUGUAGGUGCUUACUGCACUGACAAUAGCAGGGGGUUAGCCAGCUGCCUUAGACUGGAGACUUCAGGUGGCUGAAGUGAGGCAUGGUGAACUAUGGCACAGAUAAAUAAUUUACCCUGGGCUCAGGCAACUCCCAGCUAUGGACUUGUAUAUCUCUAACAAAGCUUUUGCUUUUAAAUUCUACUUCAGUUCAGUUCCUCCUAAUGGUAAGGGCAUUAUAGCAGCAGAACAGUAUGAGUUUGGGAACUUGGCAGGAGCACAGGCACCGGCUGCACCUUCCCGUGGUGGCACAGCGUAGCUGCCUGCAGCUGUGAGGCGUUGCAGGAGAGGAGGCUGUAGUGCCACAGCAGUUCUGGGGAAUAGCAAGAUAGUCACGAAAGCAGUGCUUGUGUAGUUUGGAGGUUAGUAGGACCCAGACACGUUUCUCAAAUCAUGCAUUUCACACACAGGGGGGUAUCAAUCCCCUGUACAUUCGGUUUUGUUACGAUUCAGCAGACCGCGGGUAAGACACACGGUUUGGCAUUUCCAAGCCCGCUCACCUAACAAAAAAAGGGGCGAAGAACAGAAAAGUUCGGUGGGUCUAACAUCUCCAUAUUGCUUAAGGACAUUUCCUCGUUUUCAUGGUAAGAGCGAGUGUCCUUACUGUGCAGCAGGUCAGCUUUCUGGAGAACUGCGUGAAUCAUGGGGCACUGCCACCUCUUUAACACCCACCAAAGCGUUUUUUAGCCCCGUGGUCUGCAGAUAUCCAAAGGCUGCCAGUAAAACAUGCCAUGAGCAAACCUGCUGUGCGCACCCUCCUACCCCUGGGGCAGGCAGAGGUGAGUGAGAGGUGACAUCCAGCUCUUACCCGGUGAAUUGGUUGUGGUUCUAUGGGAAAGCUACAAGUCGGAGAAACGGCCGAGGUUUGUUCACACACCGAUGGGUGCCGUGUCCUCCCACCCACUGCACAGAAGCUGCUCUGUGGGUGCACGGUCAGCAGUCCCCGACGCUCGGGCCGCUCAGAAAGCAGUGUCCACCAUUGCGCUUCAGGCUGGCACCCUGCGAGGUGCGGAGCAGGGAUGCUGCUGGAGCAGCUACUCCCCUGCUCCACCUGCUGCCCUCCCGGGCUGCAUCCCGCAGGGGCUCCUCGCGUGGCUCAGGGAAACAAGCUCAGAGACAAUCCCCUUCAUUCAGUAUCUGCAGCUUUCACUCAGGGAGGUGAGGGUUAUCCCUCUAUCCCUCCCCUGUGUUUUGUUGUUAGCCUCCCCCCCCGCCCCCGCCUUCCUUUUAAUGAAUCAGUCCCUAGGUGAAAAUAAUGCAUUCGUUUAAAGCUGAUAUUAAUGCUGAGCAAACUGCUCUUCCUUUGUCUCUUACUAUUUUGUUCAUAUUUUGCUAAGAAUCUGCUAUUCUACACAAGUAUUUUAAUAAACUGUUUGUUGUUGUAUCCAGGUAACAAGCAUGGAUCAGACAGCAAAGGACAAAGCACUCCAGCACAUGGCAGCAAUGUCAUCAGCUCAGAUAGUCUCAGCUACUGCUAUUCACAACAAGCUGGGCCUGCCAGGAAUUCCCCGUCCUACAUUUCCUGGGGCACCUGGGUUUUGGCCGGGCAUGAUUCAAACGGGGCAGCCUGGAUCCUCACAAGACGUAAAGCCAUUUGUUCAGCAGGCCUAUCCCAUACAGCCAUCAGUCACAGCUCCCAUUUCAGGAUUUGAGCCUACGUCAGCUCCAGCUCCCUCAGUGCCUGCGUGGCAGGGCCGAUCGAUUGGUACGACCAAGCUCAGGCUGGUGGAGUUUUCAGCUUUCCUUGAACAGCAGAGGGAUCCCGAAUCAUACAAUAAACACCUCUUCGUACACAUUGGACACGCUAACCAUUCUUACAGUGACCCGUUGCUUGAAUCGGUGGACAUUCGUCAGAUUUAUGACAAAUUUCCUGAAAAGAAGGGCGGUCUAAAGGAACUGUUUGGGAAGGGGCCCCAAAAUGCUUUCUUCCUCGUAAAAUUCUGGGCUGACUUAAACUGCAACAUUCAAGAUGAUACAGGAGCAUUUUAUGGAGUCACUAGUCAGUACGAGAGCUCAGAAAACAUGACAAUCACCUGUUCCACCAAAGUCUGCUCAUUUGGAAAGCAAGUAGUAGAAAAAGUAGAGACUGAAUAUGCAAGGUUUGAGAACGGCCGAUUCGUGUACAGAAUAAAUCGCUCUCCAAUGUGUGAAUAUAUGAUCAACUUCAUACACAAGCUGAAGCAUUUACCAGAGAAAUACAUGAUGAACAGCGUGUUGGAAAAUUUUACAAUUUUAUUGGUUGUAACAAACAGGGAUACGCAAGAAACCCUGCUCUGCAUGGCUUGUGUAUUUGAAGUGUCGAACAGCGAACAUGGAGCACAGCAUCAUAUCUACAGGCUUGUAAAGGACUGAGCAGUUAUUUAUAUAUACACUUCAUUUCACUUCUUUAUCAAAACACAGACUGUAAACCUCAACACUAAGUGGCAGUGCCUCUGGCCCAACUUUCACCCACAUUUUUCUAAAUCCUGUUUUAGUGAAGUCAUUUUUAAUGUGUUCAUAUAUAAUUGUAGCUGUGAAAUUCUGGUACAGUUGUAAAAAUUAUUUCUAAAACUAAGUGUUCUUCAAAUUUGUAAACCACAGUUCUUUGGGAAGACUGUAUUUAAGAACCUAACGCCUCUGUCUGUGGAGGCCUAUUUUUAAUUCUGAUAGAAAAAUGUAUGACAGAGCAUUUGCCAUGGGGAAAAACUGACAGCAUUUAUAAGAAUUUAUUUUGGGUUUUUUUCCAACAUGAAAUACUUGUUUUACAAUGCAAGUGAAAUUGAAAUGAAUCUUUAGCUAUAACUGUAAAUGAGUACACAAAGUUAAUAAUCUUUAUAGAAUUAUCUUUGUAACUAAUUAGGGUGGAAGAUAUGGACGAAUGUAAUUCACUAAAUUAUUUUUUAAAAUGAAACGUUUUUCUGUUUGAAACCAAAUGAAAAAUAUAGCCUUAAGAAAUGCCUGAUAGAAACAGACAGGUCCUAAAAUUAGGCAAAUUUUGUAUUUUUUUCUCAACGCUAAAACUAAUCUUCUAAUCCAUUAAACUUUCAAACAGGUAUUGCAGAGAAAGAAAACAUCAUCCCUUAUCCCUAACAUAUCUAGUGUAUUUUAAAAGAGUAUAAAGUUGUAUUGUACUAAUAUGAAAAUUUGAUUAUUUAAUGAAAAAGAUGGCUCAUUUUGCAAUAAGUAGGUAAAUACUGAAGAUUUAGACUUGCAUUAUAUGUAGUCUUGUGUGUGCAGUUAUAUUUUAUAUGGACAACUAUGUUUUCUAGUAAGUUGAGCGAAAAACUUGCAACUCUGAAAUUAACAGAUGAAUGGAAACAACUGACAUUGCGACAGCAUCGAGUAAUUCGUAAACUGAAAGCAAAACACUAAUGUGGUUGAAAGAAGAACACGUACACACCUGAAAGGAUCAGCAGCUUUAAUAUCUAUGAGACGCUAGAAAAUCAGAACCACCAUCAGGCAAAGAAGAUUGGAAAGUGGAGAUAUUUUUUUUCUCCUUUUCCUCUUUAUCAUGGUGCUCUUACACCUCUCCCAGUUGUCUCUCCAGUUCUGACUGGCAAAGACCUUACACGAAACAGACACGUACGUACCACGUGGGGUCUGAUGUCGUUUUGCAUCUGGAUGUGGUAGUAUAUUCAUCCUUCUAAUAUAUUCAGGGACGACUCCAGGAAGUGAAGUACAGCUGGAGACAUUUUAAUGCCGUAAGGAUUCGAACCAUGGAUGUGGGUGUGAGCGACUGAGGUACGCACAUGUGAGAGAAAUAGUCUCAUUCCUCCUGGCUACACCAGAGAGUGUCGCUCAGUUUCUUUCCUUCUGCUGCACCCCAGCACUGCCCCUCAGUUGCCCGAGCAGCAGUUGUUUCAGCAAUUGCUGGGCCAGCAGCGGGUUCUCAUGCAAAACGCUUGUCUGAAAGGCUGAGGGCUGCCCGGCCAAGCACAAGCCACCUUAAGGAUCAGCCACGAGGUAUGAGCAGAGAGCGUUCUUGGGAAGGUCUUUGGCAGUCCUGAGUCAAAGUUAACAGUUAGCAGGUCCCUCCUCCCGGCCCUUGACCCGGAAGCGCCCAUGCACAAUUUAAGUCUAGAAUUUACUCCCAGGCACAGCGCUCUAGUCUUCAAAAAAGCCAGUCUUAUUUUUUUAUAUUCUGUAUCUGCGUAACACUUUGUUAGAAUUGCCCAUUGCGGAGUUAUCUAGAACAGAAUUCGCCUAGGUGAGGUAGCGGGUCGCUGUACACCUGCGUCAGACCGCGGUCACACUUAGCACUGGUGAGGACCCGGGUUAGGGGACAAUACCAACAUCACCCAGGUGAAGGGUGGCUGCUUAAACUCCUUAGUUUGCCUCUGAUCUAACCCUAGUAGGCGGAUAAUUGCUGUGAUGUCUAGCUGUUACCGGCUCGUGGAUGUUAGGGCUGAUGAUCUUUUGGUUUAUAUUCCGUUGAACUGAACUGAGAAAUAUGUCCAUGGUAAGGUCUCUUUUAACACUCAUUUUUAACACUAACAAUCACAUCAGGAAAAGCACUGCAUUGUAACAGCCUAAUGGUAGCCCUUUGUUCUAAGCACUUGGUGUUACAAGUCAAAAACUACUUUUUUUGUUCUAAAGUUGUCUUUUAUUUAGGGUUUGAAUUGUGGUUUUGGUGAUUUUUUUUUUUUUUUUUUUUUUAAAUAACAAGCAAACUCUUUGAGGCAUAUAAAGUAUGUAAGUCAAUUUGCAAGACCAGGUACAGGUUUUUUUAAUAGAAUCUGGCACACUACAUAUGCCAUAACUAUAGGGUAUAAAGUCACAAUGUUUAUUGGUGUUCACAUAUGUAAUAUUAGGGAAACUACUUCCAUCGUCUUUUCUUUACACUUCUGUAAAUGAAUCCAUACCCUGUAUAUGUUAAUUCUUAAAAGCCUUAAUCCUUCAACUGUUUGGUGUGGGGUGUGUAGUCCAACAGGCUGCCUGUAAACUGUGAGCUCUUUUGUAAGCUGGAAGUACUUAUCUUGUUACUGUUACUUUUUUGUAGGAACCUUUUAAUUGAGAGCUGCCAAAGCAUUACAAUAUGCAGUGCCUUAGCAUUACAUUAGAAGUACCUUUAGCCUCUUAACAUAAAUUUUAUAUAUUGUUUUAUUAAUUGGUUCCAUUUUUAAAAAUACCUGUAUUUUCUCCCACAGAACCCGUUUUUGACUGCUUGAUCUAAACCAACCUUCCGUACAAGUCAGUCCCACGAGUGCGCAGUUAAAUGCCUAUACCAAAAGGAAAGGUUACAGAUUCUUAGCUCUCCGUGAAAAGUGAAUUGUAUUACUAAAUGCUGCCUUUUUAAAUUUCAUGACCAAAUAAUUAAUUGUGACUCUUCUGCACUCUAGCAUGAAAGUGCCUUUGGUUUGAAAUUCCAGCUUAGAAAAGUGCUGCCAUAAUAAUGACAAUUUGUAGAGAGACCAAAAAUAUUUAGUUAUCACCGUAAUGCCUUUGGUUUAUUGGAAUAAGUUGAAUCUACAGGCCUCCAUUCACAAAAGAGCACCAUUUAUAGCAAAGUAAUUUUGCUAAUGAUCAACCUGCUGAAGAAUAAUCUACUGUUUUGCCAUUUCUGACAGCAUUGCAAACCAGCAACUGAUUAGUCUGUGAUACAAAAAUGAAAAUUAUUCACAUUUAUAUUCUCUUCAUCCAGUUGUGCAUCUGCAUAAUGAGAGAACCAUAUACUGCAGAAUUUCAGACAGUGGACAAAUGUGACUUUAUUGUUCUCCUCAAUAAUAUUUUGGUAUCUGCGAAGAUUUUUUAUUUAGACAGAAGAUUUUGUUUACAAAGUUGUGUGUGCUGAAAGUCAGAUGCCUAAAACAUGGGGAACAGAGAAUAGCUAGGGUAAAUGCAAUUGUGUGUUAUUAAGCAUUGAAAUGUUGAGUGUGAGGGUUGUGGAUGAAGGUGCUGUUAGAGAAACUCUGGCCAGCACGAUUCAAAACACAGGGUUGUUUUGUUUUGGUUUUCUCCCAGAUGAUUUCUUGGAAAAAAUAAAAAAAGCUCCUCUGAUACCUUCUGUGAACGGGGGCCAUACUGUACACGAUAACUAAAAUUGAUGGGAAGAGGAGCAAGAUUUUAAGAAAACAAUGUUAGAACAAAUAUCAGCAAAACCAAAAGCUGUCAGAGGGAUUAUAUAGUUGUGAAUACAAUUUUAACUUGAUUUUUAAAGUAUUUGAUGAAAACUAAGAUGAACUUUUUAUAUAUAGAAAUAUUGUGACACUGUGUGGUAAAUAUUGUGAUAAUUCAAGUUCCCCGUCUCUAAAAUAUUAUUUUUGUUAUUCCUUCGAGGUCUAAAUCUCACUUACCUCUCUAAGACAAGUAAUCCUGUUGAACUCAAUGAGACUGAGGUAGGGCAAAGACACUUUCGCCCCACAGGUAGAGCAUAUAUUUUCAGUUAUUACCAAACGUUUCAGCUGUACUAGUCAACAUUUGUGAUCAACUACACUUCUGUCUCAUUAAAAUAAGCAUAAUGGUACCAUCCGGGGCUGUUAAAAAUUACUGCUAACAAAUGUAGUUGUACUUACUUGAAUUCCAAAAUGAUUUUAUUUAGGUACUGCACCACUAUUUUGAAGGAAUUGCAGAUAACACGCCUGUUUCUCACUUUCCCUUUCUACCGCAGCUACAGCUUGUUAAGUUUGGCAGUAGCUUCUUCCGUUAAAACCUCCACGGUAUAGGCUAUUUGAAAUAAUGAAGGGUGUACAUUAAUGUUGAAUGUAAGUAACUGGCCAGUUCAAGGCAGAUAACAACAUCUGAUGUACUAAUCCAUAGCUAUUUAUUUUUCCACUGCAAGUCCUAGGGCACACUUGCUUUCCCAAGCAGUUGCCCUUACACUCUUCCUGGAUUACUCAAUCAGUCAUACUGAGAAACCUUUCGACUACCCUUUACUCGACCCGUACGGAUACACGUGCCCGCUCACACAGCGGAUGUGUAUAACAGGGUCUGGGUUUGUACUUUUCUCAGGAUGAUCUCUUUUUCCCCCUCUUAUCUUUCAUAACGAGAUCUUUAGCCCCCUAAAAAACACUGAGGCUGGAUAAGUCAAAGUACAAGAAAUACUUUGGACAUCUUCACCUUUUAACUUUUCAGGUCAUUCUUGCUGAGAUCAUGUAAUUAGUUUUAGUGUGUAAAUUAAAUCUUAAAUGCACUCAGUUGACUAAAAGGAGAUGGAUCCCUGUUACCUCCUUACAGAAUAUGUGUUUUUGUUUUCGUUUUGUUUUGUUUUAUGGGCCUCUGAUUCAGGCUCAUGACUGCAGACAAAAAAUACAAUAUGUGCCUGAAAAAAAAAAAAAAAAAAAAAAGACAAAAGAAUUUUAUAACAUUGAAAACCUGAAUAGCCUUUAAUUCUUCAGUACAUUUUAUGUAAAACAGGUUGGGUUUUUGUUUUGUUUUGGGGUUUUUUUGCCAUGUGCAUUUGUUCACAUUUGUAAAUGACUUAAUGGAAUUCUCACUUUAUGUUUAUUUGUGUAAUGUGUAUAAAAUGGGUUUGUGACUUAAGCAUAUUCAUAUAUGGUCAGUGGUUACUUUAAUAUUGUACUGCUGCUGGUAACUUUUGAUGUAGAACUUGCCUUUUGAUGAUAAAGUACCUCUAGGUUAGACAGUGAGGGAAGGCUCUUUGAAAAAAAGUGAAUGUUCUCCAAUGUUUUCUUAACAUAUUUGCAGAAGCUUUCAAAAGGAGUUUCAGUCAAACCUCUUGGCAGUACAGUAUUCUUGUAUUUGUUAUUGUCUGUGUGUAGGUACUGGUACCUUUUUUUGUUUAAAAUGUUUUAAGUGUUGGCUUUAAAGUGAAUUUAUCUUUAGUAUGAUAGUAAUAUGAAAAUUAUAGGUUUUGUGUGCAGAGAAUUUUUUUAUAAAGUGCUUUGUAAAAAAAAAAAAACGUAUUCUAGCUUUCGCGGUACAUAUGUGUGAUAACUUUAAUAUCCAUGACAGUUAAGUGCAAUUAUUUCAUCACUCUAAAAAUGCUAUUUUUGUGUCGGUUACUGCAGGUGUUUUCAUGUCUUUGCAAAGUGACACAUUUUGAUGCCUUCUUGAUAAAGUGGUAGAAUUUUUGUAGCUUUCUAGAAACUUUGUAUUCAUACAGUAUCGAUUGAAAAUAAAGAAAAUGAAAGUG